ACAGCCAAUCGCUGCCCGCUCUGUGCGGCGGCGCGGGAGGAGCCCGGCCUACUCACUGCCUCCGGGCCGGGUCUUCCCGCCCCGGCUGCGGAGAGGCACCGCGCUCCGAGGCUUCUUCAGUUGGGCUCGGUCACCGAGGCUGGGUUGGGGGAAAAGAUGACGGCGGUCCUGCCGCGCAUCGAGCAGCUGUCCUCCCGGGUGGUGCGUGUCCUGGGCUGUAACCCCGGACCCAUGACGCUCCAGGGCACCAACACUUACUUGGUGGGGACCGGCCCCAGGAGAAUUCUUAUUGAUGCUGGUGAACCAUCAAUUCCAGAUUAUAUCAGCUGUUUAAAACAAGCACUGACUGAAUUUAACACAUCAAUCCAAGAAAUUGUAGUGACUCACUGGCACAUAGAUCAUACUGGAGGCAUAUUAGACAUAUGUAAUGGCAUCAAUACAGGCACCGCAUAUUGCAUUAAAAAGCUUCCACGCAAUCCCUUCAAGGAAGAAGUUAUAGGAGAGGAAGAGCAAAAAUAUGUUUAUGUGAAAGAUGGAGAUGUUAUUAAUACAGAAGGAGCCACUCUCAGAAUUCUAUACACACCUGGACACACUGAUGAUCAUAUGGCUCUGCUUUUAGAAGAGGAAAAUGCUAUCUUUUCUGGAGACUGCAUUCUAGGAGAAGGAACAACAAUAUUUGAAGAUCUUUAUGAUUACAUGAAUUCCUUAGAAAAACUAUUAAAGGUUAAAGCUGAUCUGAUAUACCCAGGACAUGGCCCAGUCAUCAGUGAUCCUGAAGCUAAAAUUCAAGAAUACAUUUCUCACAGAAAUGCACGGGAACGUCAGAUCCUUAAUUUUUUUCAGGAUAAUGCUGGAAAAUUAUUUACUGAAAUGGACCUUUUAAAGAUUAUUUAUAAGAAUACUCCUGAGAAUUUAUAUAAAGCAGCCAGUAUUAACCUCUCCCUUCAUUUGAACAAAUUAGAAAAAGAUGGAAAACUAUCAAGCAUAAUGACUCCUGAAAAGAAAUGGAAAGCUAAAAUCUAGUUUCAUGCUAGUGAAUAAAGAAUAAAUAAUCUGAAGCCUUUACUGAAGAAAAUGAAAAAGAAACUAGCUACAAAUAAUUAGCAUCAUAUCUACUCCAUUAUUAAAAAUAUAAGAAUUUCACAAUCUAUAUUUAGAGUAUGCACUGUAAUUAUAAUUCAUCUAACUUUUUAUUUUCAAGACUUUAUAAAAAUAGAUUACAAUGAUUUGUGAGUUCUAAUUAAAACUUCUGUACUUUAAAAUUGAUAAAAUCAGCUUAUUUUAAACAAUCUGCUUUGAAAGUUGUCCACAUGAUCCAGUUGUUGGUAGCCAAAAGUAACAAUAUAUUUUUCCUCAGUUACUCUAAAAUAGGAUUACAUCUUUAAUCCUUCCUACUUCUUAAACUCUAAUUGUUAACACUUAUGUCUGAUAGAUCUAUAUGUUAUCAUGCAUUUAUCAUUUUUAUUCUUUUAAUAAAAGAUUCAAAAUAACA